UGAGAGAUUCCUAGCCAUAUAAACAAAGUUCAGAAUACGAGAAACAGAAACGUGAUCGCUUAAUCAUUCGUUUUGAAAUCUCUUUGGUUAUGCUGAUAAACUAAUCAUGAGUUCAAAUGGUAUAAAAUUGAUGAAAAAAGCGGACCCAUUUCCGCAAGGAGUUCGUUGCCAGAAAUGUCUGGAAAUGGGACACUGGAGUUACGAGUGUAAGGGCAAAAGGAAAUACCUGCACAGAUCCUCUCGCACGUCACAAUUGAAGAAAACUUUGCAGCAGCAACAAGAUAACAAUACUCAGGUGCAAAAUAAAGAAACAAAAAAGAAUCAUGUCAGAAAGAAAAUGAGGAAGGAAGAAUCCAGCAGUUCAAGCGACUCAAGUUCUUCUAGCAGUGAAGAAUCAAGUAGUAAAAGUAGUAGCAGCAGUUCUUCAUCGGAUAGCGAAUCGGACUCUAGCGACAGUGCAUCUAGUAGUAGCAGUAGUAGUACUAGUACUAGCAGUUGUAGUAGUAGUAGUAGUAGUAGCAGUUACAACUCUUAUAAAAAAUAGCACAGAUCACAUAAUGAGUUGAAGAAUGAAUUUUUUUCUGGCUAUCUUGUCAUGUUUUUUUUAUAUAA